AGGUAACCAUUUCGUUUUCAAUCCGACCUGCGCCCAUAUCUCCCUCACAGCUUUUUGAGGAUUCGUCUGUUGCACUGACCGUCCAUUAGUCCUGAACACGGAUCAUCACAUCACGCCAUGAGAGCUUUGGAUCUUCUUACCCGCACGAAGAAAAGCCGCACACCUCCUUCCCCCCACCCUCCUCCCAAGGCCAGCCUGCCUCCGAUUUCCGCAGAAUCUGAAGCCAACUCUCCGCGGAACUUCCCGCCGCCAUACCCGCAACUCCCGCCGUCGUCUCCGCAUCUGCGAUCUCAAACCGCGGGCAUCAUGACGCGGGAGGAAGUCGAGGUUCGCGCGCUCGGAGUCAGCGCCUAUCCCGGGUCUCGAGAACUGCCGUUCCAACCGGGCGCGCGAUCCGGUCUGUCGAUCGACACGGCGGGGACGGACCACUCCGGCGUGAUGGUUCACGUGCCCAAGGAUUGCUCGUCGACGGACGAGUUACAGCAGCGCCGCAAAAGCCUCGCGCAACUCGCGCCCGAGCUCGUCGCGCCGCCUCCGCCUCCCACUGUCCCCGUCGUUUCAGCGGAAGACCUCUCCGCCCUAGACAUUGCCGCGGUCCUCGCGGAUUGCCGCUCCCCCGACACCGCCCGGCGGCUCCACGGCGCAAGGACCCUGCGCGCGCUGUCGAAGGAGUCCGACGCGCAUCGUACGGUUCUGGUCGCGGCGGACGGCGUUGUAGAUACGCUGGUUGAUCUACUAUCGGAGCCUAGCGGCGGGGUGUCAGAGGAAGCUAUAACGGCUUUGUUAAAUAUCUCAACGAGUGACUCCAAUAGGCGACUUCUCCCGUCCAUGGGUGUGCUCCUCCCUAUCGUUCGCGCGCUUGCCAGCGCAGCUCAGCCGAUGGUUGUUCGAGAAACCGCCGCCGCCGCCAUUUUCAGUCUGUCGGUGGAGGACGACGUUAAAGUGGCGGCUGGCGACGCGGGCGCCGUGGCGCAUUUGGUGGAGAUCCUGCGGUUCGGCUCGCAGCAGGGCAAGCGCGACGCGUGUAAAGCUCUCUUUAAUCUCUCCAUGGCUGGCUGCAAUAAGGCGCGCGUUCUGGAGGCGAACGGUGUGCCGGCUUUGGUGGAGCAACUCACAGACGGAAGCAGCGGAAUCGCGGAAAAGUCGGCGGCGGUGCUGGCGAACGUGGUGACCGUUGAAGCGGGGCGCGACGCGGUGAUGGAGGAGGAGGACGCGGUGCCGCACCUGGUGGAGGUUCUCGAGACGGGCACGCCGCGAGGCAAGGAGCACGCGACCGUGGUGCUGUUCCAGCUGGCGUACCACAGCGAGGUGCAUCGCGCGGCCAUUCUUAUGGAGGUGGUGAUUCCGCCACUCGUUCGCAUCACGAAGAUGGGCACCGCUCGAGCGCGAGAUAAGGCGACACAACUACUCUCCAUUCUUCGGAAAACCACUUGAAGUCUAAGAAUGGGCUGGUUGCGGCGCGGCGCGUCGCCACCCUAAGUGCAGCCCCUUUGCGGACUAGGCUGCAGGAAGAAAUAAGACGCACGCGUGCUGCUUACGGCAUUCGCGAGGCGUAUUCGAGCCAAAACAGGAUACAGACAGAACAACCUUUAUUCCAUUCAUUGUUUCCCCUCCCUCCCAAGCACCUCUUCGCUAUCUUUUAGCGGAGACGUGCCCACUGGGCCUUCUGCUGUUGUAUUGUUUCAGUUUCUGU